AUGGCAGACCCACACUUACGCACCUGGUACCUAACUCAACGAGCGAUCCUUGAUGCAGGAACAUUUGCAGACUACAUGACCGCUCUCAGAAGUGCUUGGCUCGAAAGUCACUGGGCCAUGAAGUUAUGCAAGAAAGUUCUAGGUUCGCAACAAGGCAACUGUGCAUUCUAUGAAUGGGCCUUGGACCUACAGAACCUAAAUGCCUUGUUAUAUGGAAACCCUACACAUCCCUCCGAUCUCACCAUUCCCGUACUCAGAGCUAAACUCACUGAUGACCUGACUCUCAAAGAAUGGAUUGAAGAGGUCAAACAUAUUGAUGAUGAAUGUCUUGAAGACCUAGCCUCUCAAAGGAAAAUUGCAGAAGAGAUUCACAGGUUGUCGAAGCGAGUCACAACUGCCACAAACAAAAUCUCAUCCUCGUCUUCAAAAACGUAUAACGCCUCAUUGCCUCGUCUGGGAUCCCUGACAGAAACGGAACACGCUUUGCUAAUGAAGCAUAAAGGUUGCUUCAAGUGCAGGAAGUUCUACGUCUCGCAUCAAUCCAAAGACUGUACUGAUGGCGCACCUGAUGCAUCUUCCUACAAAACUCUCACUGAAUCUGAUGCCAAUGCAGCCAAACCAAAGACAACCUACUACCACAUAUCCAUUAGUACAAUGCUCAAAGAAUCCACAGCUUCGUCCUGUUACUCUUGUCCGAUCCAUUUAAGUGUUCCUUGUCGUUCUCCUGGACAAGGUUCCACAUAUUUGCUUGCUACUAAUCCGGUCCCUAUUGCAGCUUCUAUCCUUGGCUAUCCAUGUCCUGCACCUACUGAGAUCAUGAGCAAGGUAACACCACAUAUUAAUGUGCCUUUGCAUCCCAAUGCUGCUCCCUUUAAGCCCUCCAGUACCAUAAGACUGCAACCACCAGCCCCUGUCACAAAGCUUGAGAAUGCACCCAACACAACUGCAUCCAAACAAGCACAUCCACCAACAGGACUGUCAUCCUCACAGUUUCUCGACCUUUUUGCAUCCACAAGCCCUGCAGAACUGCUGCUCCCUGCCUUUGAUCCCUGGGAUCAGUGUAGCUGAGUUGGAAGAACUAAUGAGGAGGCUGCAGCUUUGAUGCUGCUACAAGACUCCAGAUACAAGAGACAAGGACGAGCAAAUGUUGGAUGGGAUGGUAGCUGA